UACGCGGACCGGCCAACAUCCGAGGACUCUGGCCCCGAGUAACCCACUGCCGUGACCUUUCCGCACCUCGCACGCCGAGGCCCGCGCGGCGCCCGCCCGGACGCUGCGUGUCCGCCGCCCACGCCGAGCCCCUCGGUCCCCCGACCGCGCGCCGCCGCCGCCUCCGCUCGUCAUGGCGGCCCUCAGCAAGUCCAUCCCUCAUAACUGCUAUGAGAUCGGCCACACUUGGCACCCCUCCUGCCGGGUCUCGUUCGUGCAGAUCACUUGGGGCGCCCUGGAGGAGUCCCUCAAGAUCUACGCACCCCUGUACCUGAUUGCAGCUGUUCUCCGUAAGCGGAAGCUGGAAUAUUACCUGUACAAGCUUCUCCCUGAGAUCCUCCAGUCCGCCUCCUUCCUGACUGCUAAUGGAGCCUUGUAUAUUACUUUCUUCUGUGUUUUAAGGAAGAUACUUGGAAAAUUCUACUCAUGGACUCCUGGCUUUGGUGCUGCUCUACCAGCCUCAUAUGUGGCCAUUCUAAUUGAAAGAAAAAGCAGGAGAGGGCUGCUCACAAUUUACAUGGCCAACUUGGCCACAGAAACACUGUUUAGAAUGGGUGUUGCAAGAGGAACCAUCACAACCUUAAGAAACGGAGAAGUCCUCUUGUUCUGCAUCACAGCGGCCAUGUACAUGUUCUUUUUCAGGUGCAAAGAUGGUUUGAAAGGCUUUACGUUUUCUGCACUUAGGUUUAUUGUAGGGAAGGAAGAAAUCCCCACACACUCUUACUCACCCGAGACAGCAUAUGCGAAAGUGGAGCAGAAGAGGGAGACGCACAGAGGAAAGCCAAGAGGAAUGAGCAUAGUCGCUCUGGUCAGGACGCUUGUGGACUCCAUAUGCAAGCAUGGACCAAGGCACAGAUGCUGCAAGCAUUAUGAAGACAACUGCAUCUCCUACUGCAUUAAAGGCUUCAUCAGAAUGUUCAGCGUGGGCUACUUGAUCCAGUGCUGUCUACGGAUACCCUCUGCAUUUAGGCAUCUGUUUACAGAACCAUCCCGGCUCCUCUCUCUCUUCUACAACAAAGAAAACUUCCAACUGGGGGCUUUUCUUGGAUCUUUUGUUAGCAUAUACAAGGGUACAAGCUGUUUCCUCCGCUGGAUCAGGAACCUGGAUGAUGAGCUGCAUGCUAUUGUGGCUGGGUUUUUGGCAGGUGUAUCAAUGAUGUUUUACAAAAGCACAACUAUUUCCAUGUACCUAGCUUCCAAAUUGGUGGAGACCAUGUAUUUCAAAGGCAUUGAAGCCGGAAAAGUUCCCUAUUUUCCUCAAGCAGAUACUAUCAUCUAUUCCAUCUCUACAGCAAUCUGUUUCCAUGCAGCCGUUAUGGAAGUUCAGAACUUGCGACCAUCUUACUGGAAGUUCCUUUUAAGACUCACCAAGGGCAGGUUUGCGCUCAUGAACCGGAAAGCCCUGGAUGUGUUUGGUACUGGUGCAUCUAGAGAGUUUCACAAUUUCAUCCCCAGACUAGACCCACGAUACACAAUUGUCACACCGGAGCUGCCCAUAGACUUUUCCUGAAGAUGACUAUAACUUAUUGACUGUGUCUCACCAUUUUCUCCUGAAGAGUUAUGUUCAACACAGAAGGGGCCCAAGCUGAACCUCAGUGUUACUUCAACAAGAGAUGCUUUUUCUUUCUUUCCGUACCAAUCAGAAAUACAGAAGCUUUUUAGAAAGGUGUUGCUUAAUAAUUAAGCUUCCUCUGUAGCCAGAAUCUCAUUCUGGAUCAUGUAGUGUUGACAUUAUGAUAUAUUGUUGAUUAAAUUAUGUCCACAAAGAAUAUUGAAUAAUUUAUGUAGAAAUAUAAUAAGAGUAUACUUAAAAUUACUUUAAAAAGAUGUCUUUAGUUCAUUCCAAUAGAAUUCUUGUUCAAAGUAAGAAUAUUUCUACCCUUUAGGAUUUACAAAGGAUCACGGGUACUUGGAUUCGAUCUGUGAUUUUUAAGCUUUUGAAUGGAUUUCUUUAGCUAUGGGUGUUGGGGAUGUGGAAAAACCUCCAUGGGCAUUGCUGCUUUAGUUUCAAGCAAUGUGGAGAAAGUGGCCAUUCUUAUUUCAGGGAUAUAAACAUGGGUUUUAUACCAUUUGGGCCAGUGUCACGUGGUAUCCAUGCGCUUUUGUUCAGCUGGUAGUCCUGUUUCUCUUUGUGAACAGAUGGGCUGUUUGGCACCCUAGUGACCUUAAAUGAUAUUAACACAUUAGGAACACAUGGAAACCAACAUGUGCCGCAGUCAAGAAUAUGUUUCAGUGUUCACAGAAGUGUUACACUUGAAUAUUGUCAAGCAGACACUUAAAAGUCAAUCUGUACACUUCCUAAGGCAUAUUGCGUUUAUUUUCAUAUAUAAUGACCAAACUCUUUGUAGCUCAGUUUGAAUGCCAUUGGUGUUUUGGAAGGGUUAAGAUCCUAUAGAAUGAAAGAGUUUGGGGCCAGUUUUGACAGGUGGUACCCUCUCGAAUGUCUCACCUAAAUGGGAUGUUUUACAACUGAAAAUGUGAAAAUUUAGUAAUUUCUGGGAGUUUGUGUCUCACUAAGUGGAUUCUUGUUCCCCUGCUUCCUGUUCGUUAGCCAGUUCACUCUGGAGUUAAGGGACAAAUGGCUAGUUGGUGCUGAUUGUGGAAGCAGUCCUGGACAGCUAACUGAGAUAUGAUCACUUGGUUUUUCUGGGGAAAGUUGGACUUUUCUAAGUUUGUAAAAGGCUAAGGUGGCCAUGAUGUCUGCAGUUAAUGUAACAUAUAGGAAUUGUGGCUAAAUAUAUAAUUUUGUUGCUAAAAAGAUUUCAGGUCAUUGUAAGUUAUGCAGUAGAACUUGUGUUAUGACAGGAAUUGUAAUCAAGACAUUAAAAAUACUUAAUCUCCCAUAUUCAAUUGCAUCAAACCUCGUAUAAUUCUGUUUCUGUGUAAUCCUAUACUUGGUUGCUAUGGUAAAUUGAUUUCCUACAAAGAGAAAGUCUAGUGCCAUUAUAUAAAAGUCUCACUGUAGUUUGGUCAGAAUUUUGCAUUGUAUUUUGUUUUCUAGAGUGGGCUUACCUAUUUGGUAAUAUUGCUGAAAGGUCUUUUUGAUUUUGGACUUCAGCACUUAUUAAUUAAUGCAGUUUUAGGUGUUUAUUCACUGGAAUUGAACUGAUUAUUAGUGCUGUGUUUACUUUUGAAAAUGAGGUAUUAAAGCACUGAGAAUGCCUGGCCACCCAUACUUCAUUUUCUCCUCUCCAAUUUUAUGUCUAUUGCAUUUUUUCCUGUCAGGUUAAAAAAUCUAUGUUAAGCCAUAAGCUAUUAUUAUCAUUGACAUUAAGAGACUGUGAUAAUGAUUAAGCCUAUUGAAAUGUGCAAAAAUGUUUAGUAAAAUCUUGCUGGUCAAAAAGA